ACUGGCACCCCACACCUGUCCUAGAAGGUUCUUUCUGCCUGUUUUCUCCCUCCCCGCCCAGCCGCGGGGCUCAGCCACUGCACUUCACCGGAUGCCGUCUGGUUGGUCCUCAGGACUGAUACAGACCAGGACCCCAGGGCCAGCCCGUGCCAGGCUCCUAUGCUUCCAGGAGAGCGGGUGGGUGGUCCUGCUGCCUGACCGGCCAUCCUCCUGGGGUCGGUCUCUGGCGGACCCUCCCUCCUCCUCUCAAGCCCUGCACAGCCCGGCCAGGCAGGUGCAUCCCGUUUGGCUGUUGAAGAGCCGGGGGUUCAGGGAGAUUAAGGAACGUGCCCAAGGACCCGGGGCCAGCCCGUGGGGACGCUGGGAUUGGAGCCCAGGUCCCAGGUUCGCCGCGCGGCUCCCGACUUCCUCUCCUUUCCCCCAGGGGCGAGCUCGGCGACCGCAGAGAGGUGGGGUCCAUCGCCCUGCGACCCCAGGGGGCCCGCGAGGCCAGUGCGCGGGCAGGAGCGGGGACGUGCUCAGAAGAGCCGCGCGCCGCCGCGCCCGCCCGCCCCCCCGGCUCCAGCGCCCCCCAGUCCCCCGGCUCCCGGCUCCGCGCGCCCCCCGCUGCCCCCGGGGCCCCGACCCGUCCCCACCCGCCAGCCGCCCCCAUGGCCCUGCUGGGCGCGCUGCUCCUGGCGGCCGCCCUGGGUGCGCUGCUCAGCUUCGCGCUCCUGGCCGCCGCGGUCGCCAGCGACUACUGGUACAUCCUGGAGGUGGCGGACGUCGGCAAUGGCAGCGCCUGGCCCGGGCGCGCAGAGCUGCUCUCCUCGCACUCGGGGCUCUGGCGCAUCUGCGAAGGGCAGAACGGCUGCAUCCCGCUGGUCGACCCUUUCGCCAGUGAAAGCCUGGACGUCUCCACUUCGGUGCAGCACCUCAUCUUGCUGCACCGCGCAGUCAUGGUGGUCCUGCCUCUGAGCCUGGUCCUUCUCGUGUGCGGCUGGAUCUGCGGCCUGCUCAGCUCCCUGGCCCAGAGCGUGCCUCUGCUGCUCUUCACGGGCUGCUACUUCCUGCUGGGGGGUGUCCUGACACUGGCGGGGGUCAGCAUCUACAUCAGCUACUCACACCUGGCCUUCGCGGAGACGGCACGGCAGUAUGGCCCGCAGCACGUGCAGGGCGUCCGCGUCAGCUUCGGCUGGUCCAUGGCCCUGGCCUGGGGCUCCUGUGCCUUGGAGGCAUUCAGCGGGGCCCUCCUGCUCUCAGCUGCCUGGACCCUCAGCCUGAGCCCCCCACUCUGUGGUCAUCUGAGUCCCCAGCAGGUGGGAGGGAGAGGGGGAGUCUGAGGCCCAGAGUGGCAGAGGGACCCACCCAGAUCACCUGGCGCCAGAGAGAUGCCGUCUCAGGCCGAGGCCUCCCUGGCCUCUGUUCUGUCCACUCUCCCUGGAGGGCAGGCUUGGUGGAGAAGAGGCUGAGGAGAGGGCCCGAGAGCCCCCUCCGCUGUGCAGGUGUAGGGGGCAAGGAGCUGAGUGACCCAGAUAUGCCCCUCCAUCCCCUCCCUUGUUUUCAAGCCUGCUAGGUACUUUCCACUGAGCGCUUCCAGGCAGAGCAGGCACCCAGAUCUCUGUCCUUGUCCUGGCACAGGCUGCUGCUGCUUCUGGCCCCCGACCCUUCCUCUCUGCAGCAACCUGGGGGAGGGAUGCCAUUGUGAGUGCCCUGGUGGGCACACUGAGCUGGCAGAGAUGGAAGUCCCAGAAGGGUGGGGUGGGGGUGUCAUGCCAUGGUGGAGGAGUUUGGGGCCACUCCUUGCCUGCCUCAAAGGGGGCCUGGCUGAGAGGGCUUCUUGACCACAGGGGCCAGGGCUGCCUAGGGUGGCGCAGGGCUGGGCCUGGAGUUUGGGAUGCAGGCUUGUUAAACAGAGGGCAGAACCCCAGGUUGGGAGGGGCUCAGCUUGCAGGCCCAGGCCCACAGGCCCACUGCCGGUCCCAGGGAGAGACAGGUGAGAAGAGGGAUGCCCAGCACACACUUGAGUCCCCUUGGGCCACAAAGCCUGGGGCACGCCCACCGUUAUGCAGAUGGACAGUUGAGGCGGCUGCAGGAGAAGUGUUCCCAGGGCCUGUGCAAUACGUGGAAGCACUAAACGGCCUCGUUUGGGGUUUGGGGGCCCUUCCCGAGUCUUGAGAGGUGUGCCGGGGAAGGUGGCAGCCUCUUGUAGCUUGAUCUUCCUCCACCUUGCCCCACCCCUAGGUCUCUUUAUUGAUCCAAAGGUUAAGGAAGCUCCUGGGGGCUCCAGGGGGUGGCACAGUUUUGCUGGGGCCCAGUAAGGACAAAUCUGGGGGGUGAGCGGGGCCUCCUCUUCCUCCUGGUGUUUGAACGUUUACCAUCCCAUGUGGGACCAUUGUGCCCAUUUGUCCUUACAUAAAUCACUUGUGCUGUGUGCAGUAUAAGCCUUUUUUCUUACAACUUUUCAAAAUAGGUAACACAUGCCCGUCUGUCAUAAACAGUACAAAGGUGAGCAAACACUGUCA